CGUUACAAUGUUAUUUAAUUCCAUACAUUGACGGCGAGUAGAAGUCAUAUAAAUAUUGGACUAUAAUUUGUGUAAGCAGUAACAAUCAUACCACGUCUCAGAACAAAUUCCCACAAAAGAAAAAGUUGACUCAAAAUGGUCUGCAAAGGAUGCAACAACAACUGCCAAUGCUCCACAGCCAAAUGUGGUGACAACUGUGCCUGCAACCAAGAAUGUAACUGUGUCUGCAAGAAUGGACCCAAGGAUCAAUGUUGCUCUAACAAAAAUUAAUAUCCUUUAAAGAUGUAGAAAUAUGUUGAGGGCUUGAGUAAAGCUGAAUUGAAUUAACAUUUGUAUAAGUAAAAUAAAUAUAUAUAUAUAUAAUAAUUUUAUCACAUAAAAUGUUCCCAUAUAAAAUUUAUUGUAAAUCGAAAGAAGAAUGGAAUGUUACCAAAAACAUUUUAAAAAUGGAUUAGAAAAAGAAUAAUUUGAAUAAAAAUACCAAUUGUAAUAUUAA